AUGGCGGACGUGACAAUGAAAGAGCCUGUAGACUUAUCAGGAGAUGGUGGUGUGAUCAAGGAAACGUAUGUAGAAGGCUCGGGCGAGUGUCCACCUGAAGGAUAUGAAAUUCGAGCGCACUAUACUGGCACGUUGCUAGACGGCACCAAGUUUGACAGCUCACGUGAUCGUAACUCCGAGUUCAAGUUUGUGUUGGGUAAAGGCAACGUGAUCAAGGCGUGGGACUUGGCCUUUGCCUCGAUGAAAGUUGGCGAGAAAGCUAUGUUGACGUGCAAGCCAGAGUAUGCGUACGGAGCAAGCGGUAGCCCGCCGAAGAUCCCGGCGGAUGCGACGCUUCAAUUUGAUGUGGAGCUGGUUGGUUUCAGCCCCAAGGCUAAGGAGAUGUGGGAAAUGGAUGCCGAGGAAAAGAUUGCUGAGGCGACCAAGCUGAAGGAAAAAGGAACAGAGCAGUUCAAGACGAAGGAGUUUGACAACGCCGCGGCCACAUACGUUCAUGCUGCCUCAUACAUGGAGGACAUGUACGACGUCACUGACGAGGACAAGGAGUCGAUGAAGCAGCUACAGACCACAUGCUUCUUAAACGCCGCCAUGGCGUAUCUUAAAGCAGAAAAUUACGGGGAGGCAGUAUCCGUCGCCUCAAAGGCGCUAAAAAACGAGCCGACUAAUGUAAAGGCACUGUACCGCCGUGGCGUGGGCCGCAUCUACCUAAAUGAUCUGGAUCGCGCAAAGGAAGAUUUGCUAGCUGCUGGCAAGCAGGACCCGUCAAACCGCGAUGUGCGUCGUGAAUUGGAAGUUCUCAAGCAGAAGAUGAAAGAGGCGCGUGAGAAGGAGAAGAGUGUGUUUGGCGGUCUGUUUGGUAAGGUGUCCAUGUACGACGAUAAGUUAGCCGUAGAAGGUGAGCCUGAGCUGGAUCCAAACAACCCAAAGGUGUUCUUUGACAUUAAAAUCGGUGAGGAAGAUGCCGGCAAGGUUGUGAUGCAGCUGUACAAGGACGUGUGCCCGAAGACGGCUGAGAAUUUCCGCGCACUGUGCACGGGCGAGAAGGGUAACUGCUCGACAGGCCAGCCACUGCACUAUAAGGAUAGCUCCUUCCACCGUGUGAUCAAGGGCUUCAUGAUUCAGGGCGGUGACUUUACCUGUGGCGAUGGCACGGGAGGUGAAAGCAUUUAUGGCGAAAAAUUCCCGGACGAAAACUUCCGACUCAAGCACACAGAAGCAGGUCUGUUGUCUAUGGCAAAUGCUGGUCCGGGCACGAACGGAUCGCAGUUCUUCAUCACGACUGUGCCCACGCCACAUCUAGAUGGCAAGCACGUGGUGUUUGGUAAAGUCGUGGAGGGUUUUGAGAUUGUGAAACGUGUGGAAUGUCUGGAGACGGACAAGGGUGAAAAGCCUUUAUUGCCUGUUGUCAUUUCUGACUGCGGCAUGUACGAGGAGGCAUAG